UUGGACACAAGACUACAGUUUUCAUUAUUGAAGCUGUGAAAUGUCUUAGUGAUAUCAACUCUACCAAGAGAACUUAAACCCAGUAUUGCACUGUUAUUAAACAUCAUGGUAUAUGAGAAUGAAUUCAGCUGUGUAAUUCAAGCAGUACAAAUGGGGACUCUGUAUUUUGAUGUUACACACAUCUUAGGAAAAGAUUUUAGCUGAAUGUGUAUGAAUAAUAGGAAUCAUAUCAAAGGCUCUUUCUCCCUUUUCACAAUUUCUUUUUCAGUCAGCUGUCAAAUUCACAGUGGCUUUGUGUUUUAUCUAUGGAAGAUAAACAUAGCAGCCUUCACUUCAGGGGAAAACAUGUAACUGGUGUGUGGAGAAAGACUGUACUGUAAAGAGAUGCUUGUCCUAAACAUUAAUGUGGUUAUACGAGGGGGCAAGAGGCUCCAAAAAUCAACAUGAUUUCUCAGAGGUCACACUGGGUAAUUCUUGAAAAAUCAUUUCUCACCCGUGUAACUUCAAUUCCCCUGCCUCAGAAAAGCUCAAAAAUUCAGCAAAGCUCAAAUGCAAAGCUCAAAAAUUCAUUAAAGCCAUGGUAGUGAAAGAUUGUUCCCAGGGGCAGGGGGAGGGAGAGAAGCACACUGUGCUGUGUAUUUAAAAAGAAAAAAAGGCAUUAUUCCUCUUUUUGAAUGCUUCCAAACUUUUUGGUGUGUCUAGCUGAAUUUUUUUAUACUCUUCUUACAAUCUUUUAUUCCCACCAGGCCUGUUUUCUAAUUGGUUAUAAUCUUGUUAAGAGUACUCUUGCACAAGUUAUUUUUGGUGACUUUUUUGGUGACUGAAUUAAUGGUCCAUCCAUAUAGCUUUAUUUCAAACAUUAUUUUUCACUUUAGAAAUGCAUCAUUUCACAGGUACCUUUUAUAAAAACCACAUUCAGCAUGCCAAAUCCUGACAUUUCUGUACAGUUGCCUGUUUUGCUGUUAGAGUGCUGGGGAUUAUUGAAUAAGGGUUAAGUUGGCAGGAGCAACUACCAAACUGCCAAAUCCGCUAUAGCCUGUUCUCUAGUAACAACCAAACUUAGGUGAGCUGCUUAAACAGCUCAUACUGGAGUAUGUUUUAAAUACAGAACUAAAUCAGAAAGGUGUCGUGAAGCAGAGAAAGACACACCACCAGUGUGGGAGACACCUGGCACAGAGACUUUCCACUGGGCUUUUCCAUGACACUUUGUGGGUAUUUUGGGUGUGCCUGCCCAGUGUGGUUGGACCACCUCCUCUGGAUCACAAGACACAGAAUGCAGCUCAGAAGGAGGGUGAGCUUGAGCUGACUUGGGGAGGAGAUUCCCAUCCUGCUGCAGCCUGGUUUAGGAGGUGACAGGGUGCCCUACUCUCCUGGAUGCACCUCGUCUUCAAAGGCAAUGGCAGCUCCAGCUCCAGCUACAUAAGGGUACCCUGCUAGAAAUAAAGAAUUAGAUCAAGGAGCAUAAAUAAACAAACCUGAUAAUUUUUGCUGAAAUACAGAUUAUAGUACAGAACAGGAUGUAAUACAUGUGAAACAGUCAGAGCUGGUGUUUGAGUGGCAGAAUGCCCUUAUGCACUGGCCAGCAGUGCUGGAAGGGAGAGGGGGCCUUGGCAGCUGCUGGAGCAGCAUAGCAAGCAGGGGGAUAUAUGCUGCUGACCCCUCUGUUCUCAUCCUAAACCUAUAAGAACGCUGCUCUGUCCUACUUUCUACUAUUUUCUUGGGCUUUUUUUUGAGAUUGGUUUCCUGCUGGUGCUUCUGAGUGGGACAUGUUUCUUCUCUCUGAAUGGUCAGGUGUGACUACCACCUUAGCAGCUCCAGCAGGCGUACUGAAAAACUUUCUCUGACACAGCUGAAUUGCCUCAAGAGCUUAAAUUGGACUAUUUUAUGGAAGAAACAGACUCUGGUAGCAGUGUGCAGAGUAGCACCGUGGGUUGUCCAUUCUGCUUGUUUUAUUGUGCCUAGCUCCUGAGGGGUGGUGAAGGGAAGGCAGCCUGAGCAGGUCACUCAGGCAGUCACAAACAUACUUUGGAAGAGUUUUUUUCCCCAGUGAGUGACCAGCUUAUAAGGCAAGCUUUUCAGAUAAUGGUCAUUUAAUUAAUGCCUGCCUUUUAUGUAUGAAACCAGCUCUGGCUGGGAUUAGUUGGCAUCACCCAGGCAGAUCUGUCCUCAGCAGAGGUGCAGCACUGUACAUGUGCACUUGGGAAGUGGCACAUCUUUCUGUUUAAGGUUUGUGGGUCUUGGUCUCCUGGUCCUGAUUUUCUAUUUCCUUAUGUAUUUUGUGGGAAAGGCAGAGGGAACACACAUGCUGCUAUCUGAUCAUCAGUGCUUGGGAGCAGCUUACAGCUUCUUUUGCUUUGGAUACUGAGCUCGCUUGGCUGGGACAGUUCCUGUUCUCUGUCCUGUGUGAUCACAUCUUUGUAACUACCUCUAUUUCUACAAACCCUAGAAAGCAGUUUCACAUCAGGCUUUUAUUCCUUUGCCUGAGAGGAAAUACCUGCCAAGGGGAAACUGGAGUAUUCCAUGUCUCUCUGAGAGAAAAAAAGGUCUUUGGAAAAAUACUCUUAAGUACAAUAAGGCAACUUGUUAUUUACAGUUCAUCUGUUACAGUCUAUUCUAUUCUAUUCUAUUCUAUUCUAUUCUAUUCUAUUCUAUUCUAUUCUAUUCUAUUCUAUUCUAUUCUAUUCUAUUCUAUUCUAUUCUAUUCUAUUCUAUUCUAUUCUAUUCUAUUCUAUUCUAUUCUAUUCUAGCUAAGAAAUAGGCUGAAACUUUGCCUGCCAAACCUGUAAAAUAGCUCAGAUUUGACAGGUCCUGAGAGAGAGCGGAGCUGGCACACAUGCUGCUGGUGUAUAAACAGCAUGGAAUUUGCUUGAGCUUGGCUGCUGGUAGAGAAAACGGAUUCUGACAUCUGAAGAUAAUGUUUUUGCCUUUCUCACAGAUGUACUUACCUCGGAGUAGCGCCCGGGAGCGCAACUGCGUGGAAAAGCAGCACGUCAGAUCUCAAAUUAUGUCACGCAGCCCAAUGACUGCAGAAGAUCCCGGCUCGGAGCUCUUCUGGGGAUAUAAGGCUGGCUGAGGGAGCAAAAGUAGCGGCGAGCUGAGGGGAGGAGAAGCAGGUUGCGGGAAGCAGGAGCAUCUCCCCGCUCCCGCUGCUCGUGUGCCGCGUUUGCAGCCCCGAGCGCGCCGGGGCUGAGCGGGGCGGGAGCGGCUCUCCCGGCGCACGGAGCGGGUGCUGCUCCCGCGAAUCAGCUCCUGCAGAGCUGGAGCGGCGCAGCGGUUCCAGAGAUGUUACCCUGUUUUGUCUGGCUCACCCUCCCCGACUUGGUUAACGCCUUUGUGACCCCAGGAAAGUUAUCCCUCAAUGGGAGCCUGGAGAAGACUUUUGUUGUCCCGAACGUGUCGGGUUUCUUUUCCUGGGAUAAUGACAGCCUGGCCGACUGGCGGAGCUUUGUGGACAGGAGCCGGUACGGAGCGGAGUCGCAGAGCACCACGGUGAAAGCCCUGCUCAUCGCGGCGUACUCCUUCAUCAUCGUCUUCGCCCUCUUCGGCAAUGUCCUGGUCUGUCAUGUUGUCAUCAAGACGAAGCGUGUGCACUCCGCCACCAGCUUGUUCAUUGUGAACCUGGCUGUAGCCGAUAUCAUGAUCACGCUCCUCAACACACCUUUCACGCUGGCUCGUUUUGUAAACAGUACCUGGAUCUUUGGGAAGGGGAUGUGCCAUGUCAGUAGGUUUGCACAGUACUGCUCCCUGCACGUCUCUGCCUUGACCCUUACAGCCAUUGCUGUGGACAGGCACCAGGUUAUAAUGCACCCCCUGAAACCUCGCAUAUCUACUGGAAAAGGUGUUAUCUACAUCUCUGUAAUCUGGAUCAUGGCAACUUGUUUUUCCCUACCACAUGCUAUCUACCAAAAGCUCUUUAUUUUUGAAUACAGUGAGGAUGUUACCCGGUGCCUUUGUCUGCCAGAUUUCCCCGAGCCUGCUGACCUCUUUUGGAAGUACCUUGAUUUAACAACCUUCAUUUUGCUCUAUGUCCUGCCCCUUCUGAUCAUCUCCGCUGCCUACAUGACAGUGGCAAAGAAGCUCUGGCUGCGCAAUGUCAUCGGGGAUGUCACCAUUGAGCAGUACGUUGUCCUUCGCAAAAAGAAUAAGAAGACCAUCAAGAUGCUGAUGCUCGUUGUCAUCCUCUUUGCAGUUUGCUGGUUCCCCUUGAAUUGCUACGUCGUCCUCCUCUCCAGCCAGACCAUCCACACCAACAACGCCCUGUACUUUGCCUUCCACUGGUUUGCAAUGAGCAGCACCUGCUACAACCCCUUCAUCUACUGCUGGCUCAAUGACAGCUUCCGAUCGGAACUGAAGGCUUUGCUCAACAUGUGCAGAAAGCCCCCCAAGCCCACAGAGCAGAGGCUUCCCUCCACAGUCCCAUCCUACCAACUGGCUUGGCCAGAAAACGGCAACUUCAAGAGGUUGCAGUCCUCCCAUGUCCUUCCACCAUCCUCCACCAUCCAGUCAGGGAAGACAGACAUCUCUGCAGUUGAGCCAAUAGUAGCUGUGAGCUAAAAGGUGGCCUUGGACUGCACACAGAUUUGGCAAGAGCUAAAAUGGUGGGAAGAUGUGGAGCCCUGAACACACAACAGGUGAUAAAACCAAGAAGGAGGUUCUGCAGGAGGCAGUAUAAAAAAGCUGCAUGUUUGAUGCAGGCCGAUGACAAUGGUGAGGAGACCCUAGAGGGGAGAAGGUAAACUCUUCCCAGGAAGGAACUUUUGUCUUUGUCAAGGUGACUUUGGACUGGCUCACAGGAUGGGAUUCUCUGCAUGUGUGUUGCUGUUACCUGCAUGACUAAGCUUUUUUAGAACUAGGACUCUGGGUGUGUUUUGCUGGUACUUAAACAACAGUUUCACCACAUCAGAUCUCCCUUCCCCUUUCCUGAGUCUCCUUGUAGCAGCAUGGAAAUGGUUGAGGUGUGGACCUUUAGGUUGCUAUCUGAGAUCCAGUGCAACUGGGUAGGAAAGCAUUCUUUCUGAACUGGGGUCUGAAAAGUCAAAACCUGUUCAGAAUGAAUGAACAGAUCUAUUCCAUAAUUUUUUUUUGGUGUAAAUGCACUUAGAGAAGUGGAGGAUAAGCUAGACAUUGAUAAAUAGGAGUCUCUUACAUAACAGGCAGUUUUUCUAAGAUAGAUUUGAAGAAAAGUGCAUGCCUAUUCUUCAAGAUGUUUUUUUCUUCAAAUAGAUAACUAAACCCAAGAAACAUACCAGAAGUUGGACAUAACUUUCACAGUUGGAGAAUGGAUAAUUAAGUGCUACUGUGGGUUUGGAUAUUUUUAUCAAAAUAUCUUUGCAUCAUUGUCAAGUUGCAGCUGAAGGAUCACACAGUUUGACUGUUUAACUUGCCUUUGAAUGUUGCUCUCUUACCCUGUAAAGCACCUGUGUACUUGUCAUUUCAGACAUUUGGGGCAUUUCAUUCCAACUAAGAAGUUGGAGUGAACUAAGAAGUUAGCUCUCUAGAAUCAAUUCAUAAAUUAACUGCUCUGAGAGAAGAGAUGGUAUCUCUGAUAGCAAGUAAUAAAAAUGGAGCAUUUUUCUGCAGCUUAUCCUCUGGUGAUUGUACAAUUUUGGUGCAUUUCAGGAUAACAGAGAGAUGUGUCCUAUUUGGAGUGUCUAAGAAAAUUCAUGACUGCAACUGUCUGAAGUAGAUUUCAGAACUUAAUGUUCUUAGCAAGAGAAAAUAUGGGUUUGAAUAAUAAAAAAAAUGGUGUUCCAAAAACUGUACCUUAUAUUGCACAGAAAAACAAUACCUCCUUGAGCUGUGGAAGUUAGUUUUAACAUCACACCAGGCUGACCCAUUCCACAUUUAACUUGCAGCAUUCAGCAGUGAAGUGAGAAAAAUUUUAUUAUAAAUGAAAAGAAAAAAAAAAAAAAAAAGUGAAGCUGUUUUUCUCAGUGUCCUGUAAUAAACUUACAGUUCUGC